GUAAUCGACUUAAACCUUGGGUGUUUAGAAUUCUUUUAAGGCCCAUAACUUUGAUAAUAGUGAAUCCCAAAGGCCCAAAUCACCAAAUCUCUAAUGGUGAUGAUGCGAAUCGUGUGAGAAGAAAGAAUGAAGAAAUGAGAGAGCUCCUGUGAAUUACGAACAUUAAUGGCGGCCACUCCGUGGUACUUUGUCGCAGUACUUCUCACCAUUCUCACCAGCUCUCAGGGAAUUUUAACAACUCUUUCUCAAAGCAAUGGAGGUUAUAAGUAUGAUUAUGCUACUGUUCCCUUUCUUGCCGAAGUUUUUAAGCUGAUAGUCUCUGCUUUAUUUCUCUGGAGAGAGAUGCGGACAUCUUCCUCAACAACUUCGAGGAUUACUACGGAUUGGAAGAGCGUGCGCUUAUUUGUUAUUCCUUCUCUUAUAUACCUGAUCCAUAACAAUGUGCAGUUUGCUACAUUGACUUUUGUAGACACAUCCACUUAUCAGAUAAUGGGUAAUUUGAAGAUUGUGACCACUGGUAUACUCUUCAGGUUAUUUUUGAAAAGGAAACUAUCUAAACUUCAGUGGAUGGCAAUUGGUCUUUUAGCUGUUGGAACAACUACCAGCCAGGUGAAGGGAUGUGGAGAAGCUUCAUGUGAUUCUUUAUUCACGGCACCAAUACAAGGUUAUUUGCUGGGCAUCCUCUCAGCUGGUUUGUCUGCGCUAGCCGGAAUCUACACAGAGUUUCUGAUGAAGAGAAACAACGACACCUUAUACUGGCAAAACUUGCAGUUGUAUACGUUUGGUUCACUUUUCAACGUUGCCCGACUUAUAGCAGAUGAUUUCAGACACGGGUUUGAAAAGGGUCCUUGGUGGCAACGUAUCUUUGAUGGGUACAGCAUCACCACUUGGAUGGUAGUUCUGAAUCUUGGUUCCACCGGCUUACUGGUCUCGUGGUUAAUGAAGUAUGCAGACAAUAUCGUGAAGGUUUAUUCUACAUCAAUGGCGAUGCUACUUACUAUGGUUGCUUCCAUAUACCUCUUCAGCUUCAAACCAACACUGCAGCUUUUCUUGGGUAUCGUCAUAUGCAUCAUGUCACUUCAUAUGUACUUUGCUCCUCCACACACGCUCGUGGACUUGCCAGUGACAAAUGAAGCACAUCCCAAGAUCUUAAAGCAAGUUGUCGUAGAAGAAAAGACAGAUUCUUGAAUCAAAUUGGACGAAAAGGUUAGUCAACAUAUAGGAAAAGCAAUUUGCUAAGUAAAUGAACACAAUGAUCUUCUUCUAGCUUCAUUUCUAAUAGAGAAUCAGAAACUUGGAUAUGAGUUCUUUCGACUAUCAAUGAUCUGAUAGUUUAUGCACGUACCGAUUAUAUUCUUUGUAAAUGUACAUCGAGGUGCGUAGAAGUAGUAAAUUUGAUUGUUGAAGCCUGUUGUUUUCUUUUUCUUACGCUGAUGAUAUGUAAGAAUGUCUACCAGAUAACUAGUGUGUUCCUUUUUUGACCGGCUGGUCUGAUGUGUUUGGGUUA